UCUCCGUUUCUGCCAACCAACAAAUGGACCACUUCCCAAUGUCAAAUAUCCUGAGAUUCUGUGGGACUUACAAGCGCGGUCAGUAUCAUAUCCAAGAACCCAAAAGAGGGCGCUCCUCAAAAAGUGCUCCAAUUACACCCUGCUGGACGAUACCCUAUGGUACAGAAAAGGGAGCCGCUUGCUACGCUGCAUCGUGGAAGCACAGGUCUCAGGUUCUCUUUCACGCACACGACGAAUGUGGACACUUCGCGGUGGCAAUCACAACGAAGCGCCUAGGCGAAUACUUGACAAAGUCCCCCAACCCUGCUUCAAAAUCUCCGCAUCCUUCUCCUUCACCAGCCUUAUCGCAUUUUCAUGACGCCUCGCGGACAUUUCCUUCAUAUUCCUCACAGAAAACCCAGGAAACAAGUCAGGCAGUGAAUUCAUUAUCGCCUACCUCGUUCAUGACUCUCACUCCUCGAAACACCCAUCAGCUCACUUCGUACAGUAACCUCAUACUUGAUAAGCGUAUUCAUCAUCGAGUUAUAACCAUCAUUCACACUCAAUUCGUCUCAGAAUAUGACAGGAGAUAAAACUUCUGGCUCAGGACAAGCAUUUGUGGGCUCAUCAGCAGAACAUGGUAGGGACAUCUUACCUCGGUUAGUAGUGCCCAAAUACUUACUCAAACUCGAUCUCGUGAACUGAAUCCUGCCUCUAUUGUGUUUAUUGCGAAUGCGGAACCCCGGACCUCGCAGCUUAGGGAAUUCUAGACUGGUAAAGCGUAUCUGUGGUAUGUUCUACGGCAGCUUUGCUUCUAUAAUGUUUUUCUUCAUGAUUCUGUUAUCGGAUUGCGACUUGUUCUUUCAGGGCAGGAAUUACCUGGAUAUCUAGUGGAU